AUGGCCAAAUACACCGCAGCAGCACUGCUGAUGCUCCCGACUGCCUUGGCCGCAAGCCAGGCAUCGGGAUUGUUCUCGUCAUAUGUGUCCCUGUCCAUCGAAUUAAUUGGCUUCCCGCAAUGGGCUGGCACAAGAGACAGCAGAAACGAAUUUUCCAAUAAUCUGAUCGACAAUCUCGUCAAAGCGCAAGGCAGUCCGCUUGUGGUUCGUGUCGGUGGAAACUCUGCGGAUCGCGCCAUCUUCGAUGCCUCCCUAACCACGCCUACGGCAAGCAGCUGCAAGAAUGCCGACCCCGGCGCCUGGCAGUGCAUCGGCACCAGCUUCUUCGACUCGUAUGGCGCAUUCCCCGAGGGCACACGCUACUCCCACAACUUCAACCUCGCGACAUGGAACUCGUCUGGCUUCAACACGCUGGAGGCUACGGUGCCUCUGGCUUGCAAGGCGCUGCGGGGACAGCUCGAGUACUUCGAGGUCGGCAACGAGCCAGACCUGUACAUCGGCAGCAGGCGCACCCAGGACUAUUCCGUCGCGCAGUACGUCUCUGAAUGGAGCAACACCACGGCGCGGUUCGAGGAGUACCUGCAUGAGGCGUGCCCCGACUUGGCGGGCAACAUCAAGUACAUGUUCCCGUCGGUCAGCUCCCCCGGCUCGCGACUCCGCGUGCCAGACAUCUUCAACGUCGCAGGCAAUGCGGCCAAGCGCGUCACCCAGGUCUCAGUGCACAACUACAUGGGCGGCGCGACGCAGCCCGGGGUGACACUCCAGGCCACACUGAUGAACCACACCGCCGUCGUCUCGUCCAUCGGCAAGCACGUCGCGUACGCCAAGUCCAUCGCCGAGUACACCCCGGCCGACUAUGUCAUCGGCGAGCACAACAGCCUGUACGGCGGCGGCGCGGCAGGCCUGUCGGACGUGUUCGGCGCCGCGCUCUGGGGCAUGGAGUUUUCGCUGUACGCGGCCUCCACGGGCGUCAUCAAGCGGCUUCACUUCCACCAGAGCGUGGGGUCCCCCUACGCGGCGUGGUCGCCCGUCGCGCCGGUGCAGACGAAGCCUCCGUACUACGGCAAGCUCGCGGCGGGGACGUUCCUGGCUGGCUCCGAUAAGAUCCAGGUGAAGACACUGUCGCUUGGGAGUGACGCCGACAAGGAUGUGGACUCUGGAUAUGGUGCCUACAUCAACGGCGAGUUGAGGCGUGUGGCGGCUCUGAACCUGCGCGAGUUUGACUCUGGCUCGCAAAGCCGCGGCUCGAAAAAGUAUACUGUGAAGGUCUCGCCGCGAUCGUCCUGGGUGGUGAAGCGCCUUACUGCCCCCGGGGCGCGAGACCAAACCAACAUUACAUUCAAUGGCUUUGCCUAUGACGCUGCCUCCAACGGCAAGCCAGUCAAGGUCGCUGGGAGGACGACGGAUGAGCGAGUGAAGGCGGAUGGCAAGGGAAAUGUUUCGGUGACGGUGGCAGACUCUGAGGCUGUCGUGAUGAUCAGGGCGUGA